AUGACGGUGCUUGCAGCACCCUUGAAGGUGGUAGCUGGUGCAGUGGUCGAAGAGGUCGAAGAGGUGGAGGAGGAGGAGGAGGAGGAGGAUGAGGAGGAUGUAGUUGAUGCCAUGGAAGCGGUAGCCGGAACUGUGGUGGAGUUACCGACUGGGAAGGGAGCAGGCGUGACGGUAGUGGAGGUCGCUGGUGGUGCCACUGGUAGUGGUGUGGUGGAGGUAGAGAAAGUUGAGGUGGUGCUGGUGCUGGUGCUACUUGAGGUGCUGGAAGUAGACGAGGUCGUUGAGGUCGUUCCAGCCAAAGAAGAGAGCAUUGCCAUUCAGCGCCAGGGAACCGUUGGUGCAGACGGAGAAGCCCGAGGUGGUCGGCCCUUGGACUGGGUUGUCGAACUGGAACUGGUGGUUGGCGACGACUUCACCGGUCCGGCCUUGCUGAUCGGUGAGGACACCAUUUUUGAGGGUGACGAUGGGGUUGGUGGUGCAGACGGUUUCGCCUUGGGAGGGAAUGGAUUGGGUGAUGUUGUAGGGAGCGAUCUCGAAGGUGCCGGAGUAAUUUUCAUCGCAGCCACUGGACCCUUGAGCGGAGACGGUGGAGGCCAGGAGGGCGAGAAGGGUGACGGCGGUGAAGGACUUCAUGGUGACUGA